CGCUGAAAGUCUAGGCAGAAGGAUGGCUAGUGAGGUUUAGGUUAUGUUGAGCCCUACCUUUGUUCUGUGGGAUGUUGGAUAUCCCUUAUACACUUAUGGCUCCAUCAUCACUAUUGCAUUAAUUAUUUGGCAAGUGAAAAAGAGCUGCCAAGGAUUAAGGUUGGCACCUAACAGGAGCUGUUGCUGGUAUCACUGGAGAGUCAAACAAAGGGCUAAAGAAAGAUCAUCAAGAGAUAGAUGUUCCCAGGAAGCAGCUGAGAAGAGGGAGCUGCUGUCUUUCAUGAAUGGCCAGGGCUGGCUGCCUCAGGAGGGAAGCGUGCGGCGGCUCCUGUGUGCAGAUCCCUCGUGCCCCAUCUGCAAUGCUGUGGCUCUGGAGAUCCGGCAGUUGCUGGUGGAAGCUGCAGAAGCUGGCUUGGGAAAUAAGAUGAAGCACUUUCUAUACUCAAUUAACUCUGAGGUGAAAGGUCAAGGGCAUAAGGAACCCAUUCUCCUCUUGAAGGAUGAGACAGUGGCCAAAACUGCGACAGAAAAGGUUGAGAAGAGUCCAUCCCCUACCAAAGACCCGGUGAGGAGAGCUAACUUGGAGAAGACAACAGUGGAGGAGGGUAUGACCAUCUUUGCUGCCCCCCCAGUGCCGAGACAAUGAGCUACAGCAACAUUUCCUUCAGUCCAGCCACUCCUGGUCCCUGUGCCUUUCCCGCAACAGCUCCAAGCACUGUCCUCAGCUGACUUGUGCCGCUCAACCAGAAGAUCCAUCCCAGGUCUCAACUCUCACCUGAGCAGAAGGCAUUGACCUAUACAAGGAGAAUUCUCAUUCCAGGAAAAGGGAGUUCAGAGGUUCUCAAACCUCUGCAUCCCCCUGAAAAAGGCUGUCAUCAUUAUUUCCAUUAAUGUGCAGAUGCAGGACCCUCUCCAAAUAUACUUUAUACAUCUAAGCAAAGAACCACCUGUUUGCGCCUCCUUAUUUUCAAUGUUGUAUGUGAUGG